AUGCCUGUUUCUGUACCUCGCUGUCUCUCUCUCUCUGUCUUUCACUCGCAAUUUGUGUCUCUGUAUUACUCUUCUCUCUCUCUCUCUCUCUCUCUAUCUCUCUCUCUCUGUCCUUCACUCUCUCGCUAUGUCUGUCUAUAUCUCUGCCUGUUUCUCUAUAUUGCCGUCUCUCUCUGUCUCUCAUUUGCACCCCCCCUCUCCCUCUCUCCCUCUCUGACUUUCUCUUUCUCGCUCUCUCUCGCUCUCUCUCUCUCUCUCUCUCUAUCUCUGCCUGUUUCUCUAUGUCGUUAUCUCUUUAUCUCUCUCUGUCCCUCACUUGCAGUUUUUCUCCCUAUUUUCUUCUCUCUCUCCCCCCUCUCCCUCUCUCUCUUUCUCUGUCUUUCUUUUCCUCGCUCUCUCUCUGUCUAUAUCUCCGCCUGUUUCUCUAUUUCACCGUUUCUCGCUGUCUCUUACUCUCUUUCUCUUUCUCUGUUUAUCGUUCUCUAUCUCGCUUCCUCUCCAUAUCUUCAUCAAUCUCUCUGUCUCUUUCUCUCUCUCUCUCUCUCUCUCUCUCUCUGUCAUACUUUCUGUCUGUCUUCAAUCUAUCGUACUUAUGUCGUGAGUAUACCAAAAUCUGUCUCCCUAUUUGUCUCUGAAACUGUCUCUCUUCCUCUCUCUCUCUCUCUCUCUCUCUCUCUCUCUCUCUCUCUCUCUGUGUACGUCGAUCUCGUUGCCUGUUUAUCCAUCUCAUUUUCUUUCUCUAUAUCACUCGCUCUCUCUUUCUCUCUGUUCAUCUUUCUCUAUCUCUCCAUUUAUGCCUCUAUCCUCAACUCUAUCUAUCUAUCUAUCUAUCUAUCUAUCUAUCUAUCUAUCUAUCUAUCUUAG